GUGAUUCUGACAGCCAUGAGCUUACUACAAGUGUUGGAGUCCCCUGUACAUCAGCUAAGGAAGGCCCUGCCCUGGAUACCAGACAGAAUAAUAACAAUGCUCUACAAGCUAAUACAUGAUGAGCCCAUACGUGACAUCAAGAUUGGCAGAUAUUCUUGUCUAAGUAAGGAGGCAGUAUUAACCAAUACUGAUGAACAAACACACAAAUGCAAGACUGCAGAAAGUUAUUAUCAAAAUGCAGAUGAUGCUGAUGCACAUUAUAGUUCUGACGGCUCUAAUAACACAGCAAAAACAUACCCUCUGGAUAGGAGAGGUUCAGAAGACACAACUCUCUGCUGUGAGGAGGAAGGGAGACAGAUUCCUUCAGUUUCUUUGUCCCAUUACUUGCCAGAAAAAGUUUUAAUAUUUGGAGCAAAUGAUGUCAAGAGUGAAUACUCUUGCAAAGCAAGUGAUGAAGCAGUUCCUAAAAAUCCAUACUCUCAUUUCCACAAUACAAAUGUUCCCCCAGCUGCAUAUAGCACCUUCCCUCCUACUGCAGUUGUCACAACUGAGGAGCCAACACAAAGAAACUGCUCUAAGCACACUGCUACAGUUAUUCCAAUAACUGGUAACAAUGAAUAUAGCUCUUCACAGGUCAGUGAUACAAAAUAUUUCACACAAACAAAAUCAGCAGAUCCUCAAAUUCUCAUGGGAAGUUAUGCCAAGCACCCCUCAAAGGAUCUAUUUAAUCCACACAAAUACCUGCAUAUCAUGGAGCAAGACAGUGGUACAUGUAUGCAGUCACCACACCUGACACCAUGGCAAUACCAGCAACUACCACAGCAGCAUGAACAACUGCCACCAUGGCAGUGCCAGCAAGAACCACAACAGUAUCAGUAUUUACUGCCAUCACAGCUGCUUCUGCAACCACAAGGGAGCUCUAGACCAAAGGAAAGAGAAGAAGUCGUUGUAGUGUCCCCAUAUUUCUCUAACCUCCCCAAUCCUAAGGCUGACACUACAUGUCCAGUGCCACUCCCUAUUCAGCCAAACAGUCAUGAUUCUCCUCACCCAUCAACAUCUUCAUUUCCCAGUUUUUUGCCCCAGACUAGUCCAGCACCUGAGUUCCUCCAUCAGACAUGGGACAAGUCUUCCAGGCCCUCAGCAUCAAAUAACACAUCCAGUAAUGCCAUUGGUUCUGCUUUAAUUUUGGGAAACACCCACCAGGUUCAUCAAGAAGCCUUGCCAUAUGAACACCAGCUCUGCCCUGACAAGGUCUUUGAUAUUGUCAAGCCAAAUCAGUGGAAUGAUGAUACAAGAACCUCUGAACCUACAUCCCAUCACUCACAACAAGGUCAAGGUCCACCCAGCAUUUAUGACUUCCAGAGAAAUGUAGGAGCCGUCAGGCCGGGUCACAACACCUCAGAAGAUGCACAAAGACUUUUCUACAAAAAGGUGCCAGGCUGGGGUGCUCAAACAAAAUUAGUUAUCAAUUCAAGUUAAAGCAUGCUGUUAGUCUGAUGAUGCUUGUACUAUUGUAUUGUGCUGUGUCCAAAUUCUUACUAUUAACAAUUUGCUAGUCUCUCACAAUGUUCACCAUUUCACUACUUAGCUUGGAAUAGUUUUGCAAAGUUGCCUAUUUGUUAUUCUUUUUAUGUAUACAUAGUAUUUCAAUCAAGCCAACCUGACAACAUUAUUAAAGACUUAAUAGCAUUUAUGUGUAAGCUGCAUGAUCAUACACAAAUGGAAUUUAAGGUCUUCAUAAUUUUGGAAAUGAUGGCGCUGAGAGGGUCUCAAAGGCAUUACUUAGGUACAAUCCUGACAUGACUUAUAUUCAAAGGACAAUAUUCCAUGGGAUAUGAAAUUAUCUUAUUUCUUUAGAUUCUUAUUGAAUAUUUUUGUUUUGUUUUUAUCAACAAUAUUAUGGA